GCGUUGUUGCAGAGGAGUAUCACCGUGGCCGCUACCAACUACCCCGGUGGCAUUCGAUGCUAUACCAAGAUUCCUGGAGGCGAGGUUCGCGAGGCCUCCCUCGCACUCUCGAACGACGCCCUAUCCAAGGCUGUCAGCGACGGGAAAUCCGACAUCGUCACGUCCACCGCAGGCUGGAAGUCGAGCACACUGCCGUUCAAGUGUCACCCGCAGAGCACGCUCUGCACCGUUUCUUGGGACGAGAAGGAUCAGUCCGUCUUCUACCAGGACGAGACCGGCGCGUUGCGCGAGCAGAGGUUCACGGAAGGCAAGGGAUGGAAGCAGACCGACCUCAACCAGAAGAAUGUCAAGCUCGGCAGCAACAUCGCGUCCGUU